AUGCGACUACCACUGAUGGAGUCGUCCCUGUUUGCGGCAAUACUGUUGCUCGUGCCCCUCGUUGCGGCUCUCGGACAGCAACCCAUCAUCAGCUUCGAGAGUGUUGCGGGUGCUCUGCAGCUAGCUGGCAGCAACAUCACGCGGCCUCAGAUCCUCGUAUCGAGCGAUGAUUACUGGGGCGUGAUCCGCGCCGCUGGCGACCUGGCCAAGGACUUUGGACGGGUCACGGGUACGAACUUUACGUUGAGCAAUGGCGAGGCGGGAGCAGACCAAGCGACGUAUGACUACAGGCCGAUUACGAUGAACUAUACACAUUUUGAAGUGAGCGAUACGCAAUCUUUUCUCGGUCCAGAAUACGCCGACCCCUCGGCGGUAAAUACUGUCAUCAUUGCCGGAACUCUCGGUCAUUCAAAAGUCAUCGACGACCUCGUCAGUGCCGGGAAGUUGGAUGUUUCUGAGAUAGACGGCAAAUGGGAGUCUUUCGUCACCAAGGUGGUGGGAGCCCCUAUACCGGGCUGCUCCAAGGCCGUGGUGAUCGCUGGCAGUGAUACCCGUGGAGCCAUUUUCGGUCUCUACGAUAUCAGCGAACAGAUUGGCGUCAGUCCGUGGUACUGGUGGGCAGAUGUUCCCAUCAAGCAAAACAAGAACAUCUACGCUCUGGCCGAAGGCAAGGUUCAAGGCCCUCCGUCCGUCAAUUACCGGGGGUUCUUCAUCAACGACGAGCAGCCCGGACUAUCAGGCUGGGUCCAGUGGAACUACGAAGACACGCCGUAUGGAGUUGGCUAUAACAGCGAUUUCUACCCAAAUGUUUUCGAGCUUCUCCUACGGCUACGUGCCAAUUACCUGUGGCCAGCGCUCUGGGGCUCCAUGUUCGAGAUCGACGACCCGGCGAAUCAGCCACUGGCAGAUGCUUGGGAAAUCGUGCUCGGGAGUUCGCACACCGAGCCGAUGAUGCGGGCCCAAAAUGAGUUCGGAACCUUCUACACCAAUGAAGGUCUUGGACCCUGGGCUUACAAUUUGAACAACGAGACGAUCGAUGAAUACUUCGUUUACGGAGCGGAGAGAGCAAAGCCUUAUGCUCGGAACAGCUUGUGGACGAUGGGUAUGCGAGGUACUGGAGAUACGGCAAUUGAAGGGCUGGGAACCGAUUUCAUCGUCAGCAUGCUGGAGACGCUGGUUGAGCACCAGAGGAACAUUCUCGAGGAUGUGCUGGAUGUCAAUGCCACUCAGGUCCCACAGUUAUGGUGCCUCUACAAGGAGGUCAUGUCGUACAUCCUGGAAGGCCUCACAAUUCCCGAAGAUAUCACGCUGUUGUGGGCUGACGACAAUUGGGGGAACGUCAGGAGAGUGCCCAUUGAUGACGAGAAGACCCGCUCGGGAGGCGCCGGCGUAUAUUACCAUUUUGAUUAUGUCGGCGACCCGCGGGACUACAAGUGGAUCAACACCAUCCAGCUUGAGAAGACGGCGGAGCAGAUGCAGCUUGCCUAUGCCCACGGCGCUGAUCGAAUCUGGAUCGUCAAUGUGGGAGACCUGAAGCCCCUGGAGAUACCCAUCAGCCAUUUCCUCGACUUGGCAUACGAUGUUGAACAAUGGGGAGUGGAUAACACCAGUGACUGGACAUCUGCGUGGGCAGCCCGAGAGUUUGGACCAAAAUACGCAACUGACAUCGCCGAUAUCAUGACCCGAUAUGGGAUGUACGCGGCAAGACGCAAAUACGAGCUCGUCGAGCCGUUCGUCUACUCUGUAAUCAACUACAACGAAGCCGACGCGGUUUUGCAGCAAUGGCAAACUCUUGCAGACGAUGCGCAGACUGUCUACGAGCAGCUGGAUGAUACUACGAAGCCAGCAUUCUUCGAGAUGGUGUUGCAUCCUGUUCUCGGCGGUCAAACUAUUCACAAAGUUCACAUCGGCGCUGCGAAGAACAUGUUAUUCGCAGGCCAGCGAAGGAACUCGGCAAACGAAAUGGUCGCCGAAGUGUUGUCCGACUUCGGCGCCGAUGGUAAUCUAACAGCAACAUGGGAUAACCUUCUUGACGGGAAAUGGAGGCGUAUGCUAGACCAAACUCACAUUGGGUACGAUGGCUACUGGCAACAGCCGAUGCGCAACGUGCUGCCGGCUAUGGCUUAUGUGCAGACGGCCGUGUCUUCUAUUGCAGGUAACGUUGGCAUUGCAGCCGAAGGACUGAAUGCCAGCAUACCAGGUGAUGACAGGUAUCAUGGAAACUCAGCAGCAAGUAUAUCACUUUCACCUCUCGAUCCCUAUGGGCCAGCAACAAGAUGGCUCGAUGUCUUUUCGCGAGGCGCUAUGGACUGCGACUGGUCGGCUCAAUCAGACUUACCGUGGGUGAAGCUAUCGCAGUCCAGCGGUACUGUCGGCCCUGGGAACGGAACAGACACCCGCGUCCUUGUGUCGAUAGACUGGGAGACGGCACCGCAGAUCGUGAACACCACCAUGGCCAAUAUCAACUUCUCGGCCGGCUGUGGAGCUGGAGGCUUCACCUCCUGGUACAGCGCACCUAUUGUGCAGCUUCCUAUCUACCUACGUACAAUUCCAUCGAAUUUCACUCUGGGUUUCGUCGAGUCGGACGAGCACGUUGCCAUCGAAGGACCCAACUAUCAGCGCAUUUACACCCCAAGCAACUCUUCAGACUUGGAAAUGACAUAUCACACCCUCAAGAAUUACGGACGAACACUAGGCGGCGUCACGCUUUGGCCACAGACCACGCCUCCUCAGACGCCUGAAUCAGCACCGGCGCUCGAGUACGACUUGUACCUGUUCACCAACGUAUCAAACGCCAAUGUCACACUCUAUCUCUCGCCGACACAGAACUACCUGUCAGACAAGAAGCCCCUCGAGUUCGCCGUCUCGAUGUUCCCCGCCGGGGGAGCGCAGGCGGCGCCGCAAGUGGUGCCCUUCGUCGGCGACAGCGUCGGGCAGAACAUGCCGGCCGGGUGGGGCGCGGCGGUCGGCGACGCGGUCUGGGGCCGCGACGCGCAACACAACACCACGACGAGCUGGGACGUCGCGCAGGAGGGCGCCUACACGCUCCGUGUCUGGGGACUCGCGCCCAGCGUCAUCGUCCAGAAGAUCGUCGUGGACCUCGGCGGUGUGAGGGCCAGCUACCUGGGCCCGCCGGAGAGCUUCCUCGUUGGGCGGGACGAGGUCGGGGCGCGCGGUCGGACGAGCUUUGCGCAUGGAGUUUAG